GCAACCAGAUCCAGUUCGAUAUUUCGCCUUUACAAAAAUCAAAACAACUACUUACGCUAGUAGUGGUAAAAACGCAUACAGUAAAAGUUCGAAUGAGCCAACAUGCUGACAAAAAAUCCUCGUAGAGCCAGGCACCUCAGCACAAUUUGUUGUAUCACCUAGUCUUCUACUAGCCCAAAACGAGCCGCAAAAUUCCUUUAUCUCCGAAGUUGUAUUUUUGCCCCAGUGCUACCACGACCACGACUUCUAGACUGCCCCCGCCGAGAAGUAGAACACCUAAUACUAGUGUUCCGCUUUGCAGCGGCGCAAAGUACUACUAUUGUAUUAAACAAGGACCGCUAAAAAUACCGCGGCUUUUCGCGACAGCACAACGACAGCAUUUAUUUAUUCGUAGUACGUUGCAAUUGUUUUUCCCCAUCACAAAUAAAGCCAUGAUCGUGAAAGACGAGUUAUUUUCCGCGGUUCAGGCCCGCGUCCAGACGUCUGCAACGGCCGUACAAGGGACAACAGUGCCAGCAAAGCUCGGAGCGCCAGCAACGGCAGCACAAAACAAGCCAGCAUCAGCAACAGGUUCCGCCGGCGGUGCAGAAGCAGCAGAGAAUGCUGGAGAGCAGGGUAAGAAGAAAAAGGAGAAGGUAGAGAAGGUGAAAAAAGAAAAGCCCGUGUGGGGCGAGGGGAAAAAGAAGGAGAAAAAAGUGGAGGAGGCGGUUAAAGUGCCGUUUGUGAACAAGACGCCAAAAGGUAAAAACACUACUUUUACUACAUAGAAGCAGUAGUUGUAAAGGAACAGCGAAGACCAGCGUCACAGUUGUGUGGUUUGUCUUGGUUUGGCGGCCCUACUAGCAGUUGUGCAGCUUAUGCUUGUUUUUGAUGCGUAGUUCUCGGAAAAAUAAAUCUGCUGCCACGCUUUUCGUCGUGCAAAAAAACUUGAUAUCCAUGGCAUGGAAAAAUGAUUCAUCUAGGUGAGAAGAAAUCCUUCGCGGAGCCGAUGGCCAACGCCUACGAGCCCACCGCGGUAGAGGCGAGUUGGGACGACUGGUGGGCAAAAGCGGGGUAUUUCACCCCGAACGCGAAAGACGCGAACAACACCCACGAGGACGGCAAAUUUGUGAUGGUGAUUCCCCCACCCAACGUGACCGGCUCUUUGCACUUGGGCCACGCGAUCACCAUCGCGAUCGAAGACGCGCUGACCAGGUGGCACCGUCAGAACGGAAAGCACGUCCUCUGGGUACCGGGCACAGACCACGCGGGCAUCGCGACGCAAUCCGUUGUCGAGAGGAUUUUACUGAAAGAAGAGAACCUGACAAGACACGAUUUGGGGCGGGACGAGUUUUUGAAGAAAGUGUGGCAGUGGAAGGAGAAAUACGGGAACAAAAUCUGCUCGCAGUUGCGAAGACUCGGCGCAUCGGUGGAUUGGACCCGGGAGGCUUUUACGAUGGACGCGAAUUUAACCAACGCGGUGAAGUAUGAAUUGCAGAAGUAUCGUACUCGUAUUGCAAUCAUGCAUUACAAAUGUUCUCUCUAAAGUAAAUUCGCAUUACAAAUUUUAUUUCUCAUGCUGAGGAAAUUUGUAAUGCAUUUAUAACGAGUACGAUACUUUUGCAGUUCAUAUGAAGCACGCUUUUGUGCGGUUUCACGAACAAGGUACAGAUAGUGUUACGAAGAGUUUGUAUCAAAGAAAAAAAGUUCGUCACGAUCACUCAUGCGCAUUCUUGCAAUACAAAAUUGUUUGUCAUACGUAAAAAUGCAUCACAGCCAAACUGCAUUAGGGAUUUCCCUAGUGUUUCUGCAAUACAAGGAAAGUUUGUGGUGCUAAGAAAAUUUGUAAUGCAAAACCUGCAAGUUAGUGACUGUGGCGAACUUUUUUCUCUCCAUAGUUUGGUGGAAAGUUGUAGUAACGUACUCCAUAGUACAAAUACUUGCUCUCCACCCUUGCGGUCGUGUCAGUCUCAUUUCUCGUUGAGAGAGAUGUAUGAUUCGUUUUUCAUUUUCCUUUUUCGCAGCACAGCCACCGAGCAGAUCUUUAGUGGUUGUAGUUGUUACAACUUCGAGUAAUUGCUACGAUAUAUUGUUGCAUGGCAACUACUUUAAAUUACAAUGACCCGCGUACCUGAUAUUUUCUAUCGCGCGGGCGCGGCCAACAUGUUACUGUUUUUAUCAUCUUGAUGGCCUAAGAAUUAUAGAACUACAAGUGACACAGAUAAAAAACACAACAACCCCUUGCCACCUACCAGGUCUCAUCUACCGCGACAAUCGGCUUAUCAACUGGUGCAGUUACCUGCGUACCGCCCUUUCUGAUUUAGAGGUAGACUACGAAGAAAUCACCGGACGAACUUUGAAACCCAUAUGCAUUGCAAAUAUGUCUGGGUCUGGAAUUGGAACUUGUAAUGCAAACUCUGGAACACUAAAUUUGUGUUGCAUGAGCGCCAUGCGCUGCUCAUUUCUUGGUACGCAAGUAAAAAGUUUCUCAUGCGGGACAGCCAUCAAGAAGAGGCGUGCUCAAAACCAGUGAUGCUUUUGCCUGCAUCAGAUUCCAUUUCCGUGAUCCGAAAUAGGCAUGACAAACAAGUGCAUUCUUCCAGACGUCCAGGGAUAUUUGCAGUGGAUAACCCAUCCCGGGCAGCAAAGAUUUGAAAGUGGAGGUCGGCGUGAUGUGCCACUUUAGUUACAAGAUGAAGGACUCGGAGGAGAGAAUCACGGUGGCGACGACGUAUCAAAUGCAAAUAUGUCUGGGCCUGGAAAAGUGAAGCUUGUAUUGCUUGUCUGGCAUUCGUGUAAAAUCUGUGUUGCAUGACCACCAAAAGCACGACUUUUUGCGUCAUGCAAAAACGCAGUUUGUAAUGCGCGCUACGCAUGAAAAAGUGCCCAAAAUAAAUAUUUGUCAUGCUUGGCUGCACUAGGAAGGCUGUUCCAUCAUGACCAUUCAGCAUCACAAGUUUCCAGACCGAGACAUAUUUGGACUCGAUACGACGCGUCUGGAGACCAUGCUUGGCGACACCGCAGUGGCCGUGCAUCCGGAGGAUGAGAGGUAUAAAAAUCUAUGUGCUUAGAAGCUCCUGCAUAGGCCUUUGUUCAUCUGUUCGAGUUCUUGCAGUUGCAUGCAUGACAGACUCGCCUUGUGCUUGUCUUACCCCACGUAAAAAUAGCAUGACAAAUUCAACUGCGCACACCUUCUCAGGUAUAAGCACUUGAUCGGAAAGCCACUGGAGCACCCGUUCUGUCCGGAUCGCAAAAUGACGAUUUUAUCCUGUGCAAAAGCAUCGUCCUCGUACUAAUCGCAGUCAGGCACGACAAAUUUACUUUUCAAGCUAAAUCACCAUGACAAGUUCCAUUUCUCCUGCUGAGCUAAUUUGUAUAGCAAUACUGCGAAGAAGAAGAUGUGCGAUGCUUUUGCAGGGGAUACAUUAUCGCAGACAGCUAUGUGGACAAGGAUUUCGGAACUGGGUGCGUGAAAAUCACCCCGGCGCACGACCAUAACGAUUUCCAAAUGGGGAAAAGACACAACCUGGAAUUCAUCAACAUGCUCAACGACGACGGCACCGUCACCGAGAAGGCCGGCGGGCAGCUCUUCGGGAACAAGCACCGGUAUUUGGUUAUGCAUUGCAAAUAUGUCUGGGUGUGGAAAGUUGGAACUUGUAAUGCUGGUCUUACAUUCCUGUGAGAUCUGUAUUGCAUGACCCACAAAAGAAGUCGAGGCCUCUCUUGUCAUACAAAAACGCAGUUUCGCAUGCGGAGCGCGUAUGAGGAAGUGUUCUGCAACCUUGUCAUGCUCUCCUGCGUGAGGGGGUGCUUUCGUCAUGCACAUUUUAGCAUCACACAUUCCCAGACGCAGAGCCAGACAGAUUUGCAUUCCAUAUUGGUGCGCCGGGAGUUGGAGGAGGAAUUGAAGAAGAAGAAUUUGUGGGUGAAAAAGGAAAACCACGCGAUGUCGCUCGGAUUCUGCUCCCGAUCCGGAGAUGUGAUCGAACCCUUGCUCAAGCCACAGUGGUGGAUGGACUGCAAGAAGCUGGCGGAAGAGUCGGUGAACAAAGUGAAGCAGAACGAGCUGAAAAUCAUCCCGAAAUUUCACGAGUCCACCUGGUUCAAGUGGCUGGACAACAUUCGCGACUGGUGCAUUUCCCGGCAACUCUGGUGGGGUCACCGGAUCCCGGCCUACAAAGUCACCGGGCCGCAAGAGUUGCUGGAUAAGGACGGAAAGGAGAAGUGGUUCGUGGGCCUGUCGUUCGAAGACGCGCUGGCAAAAGCGAAAAAGGAAUUAAACAGCGACAAGGUGCAGCUCGAGCAGGACGAGGACGUGCUGGACACCUGGUUUUCCAGCGGAUUGUUCCCGUUUUCGGUAUUAUUCGAGAUGUUUUUUCGUCAUGCGGAACAACUACUUCCUGUUCCUGUUGCUCUACUUUGUCAUGCUUAAGAAAUCAGGUUAUAUAGGCUGUUAAAUACGACGAGUCCUACAUCUUCGAGUGAAAAACUGAGUUUAGCCAUCGAGCAUGUGUUUGAUAUUGCAUCUGGUGUUCAACAUCUUUUGUAGUUCGCGGAUGACACAAAUGAUUAUACCACAGGUGAUGGGCUGGCCAAACGAGACCGAGGACAUGAAGUCCUUCUUCCCCGGAACUUUGCUCGAAACCGGGCAUGACAUCCUCUUCUUCUGGGUCGCGCGAAUGGUCAUGAUAUCGCGAGGAAAAAUCCCCCCUCCCCAUAUCAAAAAGGAAAUUUGUGAUGCUAAUUUGUGGCCACAAAUCAGCUUUGUCUUGCGUACAAUGCAAACGGCAAACAUGUGGCGCAACAUUGUACAGCGAGUCUGUGAUGCGUUUUCGCCUAUGUGAGACUUGUUUCUCAUGCUCAGCUGCUAACCGGAUGCGUGCCCGAAUGGCUUUAGUAUAAUGCGCCGGCAACCUGCUCUUGCUGCAAGUGCAAACGCAAUACAAAGCUCACUUGUGUACAGAAAUCCAGCAACACAAAUGGUCUUUUGAACAUGGGAUGGGGGGAUUUUCCAUUUCGAUACAUGAUGUCGCUCGGUUUGACCGGCAAAUUGCCCUUCACCACGGUCUACUUGUAUCACUCGCACAUUUAUUGUAUUACUGCCGUAGUAUCAUGUAUCAUCGUAGACGUACAUCAUCUUUGCAUGAGAAAAGCUUUUGCUCUACGACUCAACAGCAUGACAAAGAACACCUGCUCUACUAGUACUCAAGCUGAAGAAAUGCUCGUUGCCACUGGAGGAACUUGUGAUGUAUUUGUUUGUACGACGGACGCCUGGUAAAUAGUAAGUACGGUUCUAAAAAUAGAUUUGUGUUGCAUAAGUCGCACGCCAUGGUACGGGACAAAAAUGGGGAGAAAAUGAGCAAAUCCAAGGGAAACGUCAUCGACCCGUUGGAGGUAUUAUAACAUACUCAAAAUGGUGUCAGUCGCAGUGCUAUCUGCAUAAAGGCAAACUGAAAUUCGCCCAUUCUAUAGUUCACUGCUGACGGCGUCGCAUGAGGAGGAUGCAAAAAUCAGUUGUCGAUAGAGUACAAAACGAAAACCUGUGAAACGACAAGAAAAUCCAAAUCCAGCGAAAGAGGAAGAGCUGCGUUUGCGUAGCAAGGGAAAAUAAAUUUGAAACAAUUCAAAACAACAAAGGUAAUCGACGGCGCCACACUUGAGUCGCUGCACGACAAGGUAUAUCCUGUGCAAAAGUAUCGUACUACUCGUAGUAAUCGCAGUCAUGCAUUACAAAUCUCGAUAUCAAGGCAAAACAGCAUGACAAACUUCAUUUCUCAUGCUGCGUGAAUUUGUAAUGCGAUUUCUACUAGUACGAUACUUUUGCAAUCCAUAAGGUAAAGUCCGGCAACCUGCCCCCCUCCGAGGUAAACAAAGCCAUCCUUUCGCAGCAGAAAGACUUUCCGGAGGGCAUCUAUGGGAGUGUCAGGAUCGAAAUCGUCAGAGUUGAAAUAAUUUGCGACGCAUAAGACGGAUACCAGUAGGCGCCUAGUUAUUUUCAAGUGGCGCAUGACAAAUCCUGGUGGUGUCUAUUAAAUCCAGUUUGUAAUGCUGUUUGGGUACUAAGGAAGACGCCUUUUGUCAUGCUAUUGUAGCAGCUCUAUUUUUACCCCUCAACAGGCUUACAAUCUGCCUCCCUUGCGUACUCUGCAAGACAGGCACUCUGUGGGUUGCAUUUUAUGCAUCACAAAGAACUAUUUCAACUUUGACAAUUUCAAUCCUGACGCUUCCAUAGCAUUCCUUCGUGCGGCGCCGACGCGUUGAGACUCGGCCUCCUUGCCUACACCGCACAGGGCCGAAACGUGAACUUGGAUAUCCAGCGCGUGGUUGGGUACCGACAAUUUUGCAACAAGCUCUGGAACGCGACCAAGUUUGCCUUGCAAAACCUAAAGCUGAACGAGGAAGGCACGGAAAUGCACAAGUACCCCGGCUUCUUGAAUCCCAAGCACAAGCUGAAAUUGGAGGACAAAUGGAUUCUGUCCCGCCUCAACCACGCCUGUGUGAAGAUGGACCAGAGCUUUAAGAAAUACGAGUUCUCUAUCAAAUGCAAAUACAUAAUCUGGGUCUGGAAGAAUGCAACUUGUGAUGCUGUCUCUGCAUUCUAAAAACAUCUGUAUUUCAUGACCAGCAAAGGGAGUUUACUUCGUGCUAUAUGGAGACGGUGUUUCUCAUGCGGAAUAGGCAUGAGGAAGCCCUUCAGAAGUCUGUGAUGCUAGGCCCAUGUAAAAUUUGCAUGACAAGUCUUGCAUUCUUCCAGACCCAGACACGUUUGCAUUCCAUAUUCUCCGAGGGGGUAUCCACCAUAUACGAUUUCUGGCUGAAGGAAUUGUGUGACGUAUACCUGGAGUUACUGAAGCCGCGUCUUUACGGGCAGGACUCGAAAGAGGAGGAUAAAAACAUCGCCCGGGACGUGCUCUACACCUGUCUGGACCAAGGGCUUCGGUUGCUGCACCCGAUGCUGUAUCGAUUGCAAAAGUACUGUCGUGUGUCCGGUACGUAGUGAUAGAAGUGGAAGUGAUUUUAUUAUUCGCAUUUACAAAUUAUAAUUAAAAUUUGCAGUGCAGGAGCAUGACAAAUUCAAACGAAAUUUGUCAUUCUGAUGUAGACUCGUGUUAGUGUUAGUGAUGUUAGUGUUAGUGUUAGAAAAGCGACUUUUGCAUGAUUCGGAGGAUCACUUCGGUACUACGAGUAUGGCUUCAACAUGAUCCUUUUGCAAUGCAUACACCGCCGUUCGUAACAGAGGAGCUUUACCAGAGACUACCGAGCAACCCGAAUAAAUACGAGUCGAUUGUGGUGGCAAGGUAUAAAAAUUUGGACUACUACUUGAAGAUGGUCGCACAUGAAAGAUUUGUGGUCGUGGCUAAGUAUGAAUGUGGUUCGACCACGUAUCAGCACAGCUAAAUCAUGCUGCAGUUAUCAUGAUCUGUUACACCUUCAUCCACAGAUCAAUAUGCUUGAGAAAUAUGAAAUCGAAAACUCUCGUUCAUGAAACCACAUGACAACAUUCGAGAAUUUGUCAUGCGAAACCACAUGACAAACGACAGCUACCCCCUGGGCACGAAGUCUUGGCAGAACGAAGCGGCUGAUAUGAAAGCCUCAGAAUGGAAAGUCUCAAAGUGGAAAUAAUUUGUGAUGCAUGAAAUGCGACAUCAAAAAGACUGUAUUGCAGAGAACGCAAUGUGGGGGCUGACUGUUGUCCUUCUACGGGUUCAGAAUUGGAGUGCUGUUACUUAGCAUGAAAGAAACGCACCCCUGUGCCUAACACGCAUGACAGACACGGUUUGAGUGACCGGGAAUAAAUUUGUCAUGCGCCGACUAGAAAUGGUGCUUCAACUGGCUUCGUGUUUUUGCAUUACAAAUCAUUUCCACUUUGAGGAUUUCCAACCUGAGGCUGUCAUAGCUGAGGCACAGAUGAAAGAGUGCAUGGACGUUGUAUCAGAGGUCCGGUUAUCCUGUGCAAAAGCAUCGUACUCGUAUUGCAAUCAUGCAUUACAAAUCUUUUUCUUGAGAUAAAUCAGCAUUACAAAUUUUAUUUCUCAUGCUGAGAAAAUUUGUAAUGCAUUUAUACGAGUACGAUACUUUUGCACAGCAUAUCGGUCAAGCAAGGCCGCGCUUCUCAUUCCGCAGAAACAGCCGAUUGCAUACGUGGUGUCAAACACGAAGGAGAAGCCGUUCGACGAGGAGGCGUUGUUUGUCGUGAAAACGCUCGGCAAGGUAUAGAGACUACGCGAUAGACUUACGACUUUUUCAUCCUAAUACGUCUAUCUGGAAAAAUGAAGAACUUCCGGAAAAAAAUAAAUGCGAAACGGAAUGUGAUAUGUUCAGUUCAUCUUCUUGACCCGGGAGGUAGAAGCGGAACUGAUAGACAGAAGAAGCUGCGACGGUGUCAGAUGCAUCAGCCGCACGCCAAUCAAUCACUAGGGGCAGCAACAGUGGCACGCUUUUGCUAGCAUCAUCUGUAGUGCGCAACUAUGGCAAUCAGUCGCAACGCUAAAAAACGAAAACCCACAACAAUAAUCACCAGGUUUCCUCCGCCACCAAUGUGGACGCCGCGCCGAAGGGCACGCUGGCUUCUUUGGUGAACCUCCAGGUGCAAAUUUCGCUCGACGUCAAGGAUAUGGUCGAUCUGAAGCAGCACUCGCAAAAGUUGGACAAGAAAUUGAAGGAAAAACAGCAAAGGUACGACCAGGCCAUGAAAAAGACCCAGGUGCCGAACUACGACGAAAAAACACCACAGGAAAUCAAGGACAAAAACAACGAGGAGAUCGAAAAACGCAAGAUCGAAAUCGCCGAAAUCGAGAAGGAAAUUGCGAAUUGCUUGAACGCGAUCGCGUAAAGUACUUCUUCUUCUUCUUCUUCUGUGCGAGCUGGAAAUAGUAGGUGCAGUACAAGGUUGUCAGGUGGACAACUAGCUGCAUUUUCAGCGGGGGGCCAGGGACUCCUAGAUUUCGGCUAUAGAAGUUGUACCAAACAGAAAGAGAAACAAACGUGUGUACAUCAUCAUCAUCAACACUUUAUUUUGUAAAUCCUCUUCAGGGAAUAUUUUUAUGGUUCUACUGACGUCCUCCUCCUCGUUGACCUCAAUUUUUUGAGGAAUUGGAACACGAAAACUACGCAUGGAGGUCGACGUGUGAGAUAAAGCAAAACCUCCUUAAAGAACAGUAGAACUGUGGUCACUGUAGAAGAAAAAGUGAAGAGCGGAACCAAAAAGUCGAACACUCCUGUUCUCUUUACUGAGAACAUCUGGCAAGAUGAAC